GUGAUAUUUUGCUCUGAUAUUGCUCUGCAAGGUCCCCUGCUGCACCUCUCGUGUCGUUUCUGCCACACACGUACAGCAUGCCCGUUCCCCCACCCCUCCCCCCUCCUGGCGCCAACGCGCCGUCCGUCGUGUCGCUAGCGGGCGCCCCGCAGGCCCUCUAUCCUCACCCUCACUAUGGAUAUCCGCCCCCCCAUACGAAAAUGGCCGGUAGGCGAGCGAGAAAGGUCCGAGGGGGCCAGGAGUUCCAUGCAUGGGAAUUACGUAUGCAUUUCGUUGGGUGCAUUUCGUUUUUUGUGGAUGGAUGCAGUUGACACAGGCCACCUGUCAGUGCAGAAGGCGUCUGCAGACUCGGAGGAAGAGAGAGAGGCCGCCGAGGAGCUGAGGGCAUCGAAGCGCGGGGCCAAAAAGAACCGCUCGAAGAAGAAGAGCGGUAACAAGAGUGGCCUCCAGCCAUUGCAUUGGAUGCAUCCAUCGGUCAUGUUUGUCAUGUGUGUGCAGAUGGAACAGAGGAGUGGAGGCCGGGCUGUGAGACCAAGGACAAAAACAAAAGCGGCCGCGGCCAAAAGCGAAAACACUCAACUGACGAUAAUGGUCAGUCAGUCAGCAAAGAGACACGCUCGUAUGAACCGAAGAGCCGCACCUCAGACCCGUGGCGGAUUAUUGGUGUGCUCUCCUCGUGUGUGUGGAUUCGUGCAGAGUUAGAUACCAUGCUGGACGAUGGCCGAGCCGUGCAGCUCUUCAGACGGUCGAGUCGCAGACUCAAAGGCCAAGAGCCCUCCACCACAUCGCAGGCCGACAGCCGCCCCCCGCCGCCCUCCCACAAACAGCCCCCGGCCCCCAAAAAGCCCAAAGCCAAGGCCAAACCCAAGAAAAAGCCGGCAAAGGAGGAGGAAGAGGCGGCGCCGAAGCAGCGGGAGGACGCGGGGAUGAUGAACUUCAACCCCACCCGCUUCUUCUUCUACAACUCGCGGAGGGAGAGGGCGGACGAUACGGCACACCACGGUGAGUGAAUGGAUUGCCGGGUGAGAUACGCAGUGAUCUGUGGGAGAUGGCCAACGAGGAAGUUCUUGACAUGUGUGUGUGUGUGUGUGUUGAUGUGUCAGCUUACUGGAGAGCUCGUUUCGGUGUUGACUCGGACUCAGACUCAGAGCCCGACGAGCUGGAGCAUCAGCACAAGGAGGAGGCCCCUGGGUGCUCGUCUGAGUGGGGCAACGAGGUGGAGAGGCCGAGCAACACGGCCUGGACGGCGGCAGAGGUGUGCCGCGGUGCAGAGGAUGGGAUGAUCGACUUCAGCGACAGCAGCCUGAUACUGUCGACGAUGGGCGGUAUGGGCUUUGGUAUGGGGUGCGGCCUGCCGGGGGAUGAGGAUGGAGAUAAUGACCUGUCCCCCACGUGGUGGGAGCAGGGGAUCGGCAUACCGAUGCCCGAGGAGCUGCCGGGAGACAGCGAGGCCAUCUGGCCCGACCCCUUGUUUAUGGACGAGUGACAAGACACACACAGAGACACACAUAGAUAGAUAGAGACACACGAACGGAACAUCCCAUUGGUGCCACCAAGUGCCAAACACGGAGCUCUAGCCAGUAGAUAGAUAGCAGCGGACGGAGAGAGAGAGAGACGGACCAAGGGGACAGAGGGUCGUGUGUGGCGUGAUUUCUGGCUGCACGCGUGUUUGUUUGUGAUUGACUGCUGCUGGGUGACACUCUGCAUCCGUCGGUGGAUGCGAUUGGCGUUUUUUGAAGUGGACAUAUUUUUGGUACCCAAACC